AAUCAGACAGAACGCGUAAAAAAAAAAAAGACUUUUAUUGUGAAAAGAGGAAAUGACGUGAUGCGCCCAGUGCCUGUUUAUCCGCGUGAAAGAUGGACAGCGUGAGCAGCCACAGCGUGUACGUGCUGCAGCAGCUGCAGGAGCAGCGCAUCCAGGGCCUGCUGUGUGACUGUAUGCUGGUGGUGAAGGGCGUCAGCUUCAAAGCGCACAAGAACGUGCUCGCCGCCUUCAGCGCGUACUUCAGGUCUCUGUUCCAGAACUCUCCGGCGCAGAAGAGCGUUGUCUUCCACCUGGCCAUCCAGGACGUGGGCGGCAUCGGGCAGGUGCUGGACUACAUGUACACCUCACACCUGGAGCUCAACCAGGACAACGUACACGCGCUGCUGGAGAUCGGACAGAGCCUGCAGGUGUUGAACAUCCUGAACAUGUGUCAGGCGUUCCUGAAGCCCUGCGUGUCGACCGACGCGGCUCUCUCUCUGCCCGCCGACGCGGCUCACGAUCAGGACUGCGUGAUCGGAGGAUCGUUACCGUCAGACGCAGAUCUGCACAAGCCCCUGCCACACGGAUACAAGCUCAGGAACUUCUACACCAGACAGUAUCUGAAGCAGAGCUGCAACUUCCCGCCGGAGGAGCCGCUCCAGAGCAGCAUUCCCGUGGCAGACUCCGCCCACCCAUGCGGCUCUGGCUCCGCCCAACCAUGCGGCUUAGACUCCGCCCACCUGUGCAACUCCGACUCCACCCACCCAUGCGGCCCAGACUCCGCCCAACCGUGCAACUCGGACUCCACCCACCCAUGCGGCUCUGGCUCCGCCCACCCAUGCAGCUCUGGCUCCGCCCAACCAUGCGGCUUAGACUCCGCCCACCUGUGCAACUCCGACUCCACCCACCCAUGCGGCCCAGACUCCGCCCAACCGUGCAACUCGGACUCCACCCACCCAUGCGGCUCUGGCUCCGCCCACCCAUGCAACUCCGACUCCACCCACCCAUGCGGCUCUGACUCCGCCCACCUGCACAUCCUACGUCCGAAGAAAACCGUUUACCUGAAGAAGUUCAACUACCUGCGCUCACACGUCAGUGCGGAGGAUGAGGGGGCGGAGCACUGUGACCCACGGGGGGCCACGCCCACUCACCCCACCCACGCCUCUGAUCUCUCCGUGACCUCUGACCCGGCAGAAGUGUCCGAGCUGAAGACAACACCUGCGGUGGAGACCGACGACCUGAGAGGUCACGUUGAGAGGUCAGAGGUCAGCAGCGGGAACAAGUACUGCUGUGAGGUUUGUGGAAAGACGUUCAAACAUCCCAGCAACCUGGAGCUGCACAAGCGCUCACACACAGGUGAGAAGCCGUUCCAGUGUAACGUGUGUGGGAAAGGAUUCUCACAGGCAGGAAACCUGCAGACGCAUCUGCGCAGACAUUCAGGAGAGAAGCCGUACAUCUGUGAGCUCUGUGGGAAGAGCUUCGCAGCGUCCGGAGACGUCCAGCGGCACAUCAUCAUCCACUCGGGAGCGCGGCCGCACCUGUGUGACAUCUGCGGACGAGGCUUCAGCAACUUCAGCAACCUGAAGGAGCACAAGAAGACGCACAGCACGGAGAAGGAGUUCACCUGCGAGCAGUGCGGAAAAUCCUUCAACAUGCAGAGGAAGCUGUUCAAACACAAGCUCCGGCACAGCGGAGACAAACCCUACAGCUGCCAGACCUGCGGGAAGUGUUUCGCGGGGUCAGGUGAUCUUCAGCGGCACGUGCGCUCUCACACAGGUGAGCGGCCCUACACCUGCGACACCUGCGGCAAGAGCUUCACACGCACCGCAGUCCUGCGCAGACACCGCAGCUCUCACUGCAGCCGCGCAGACACAGACGCCUCCUGCAGGAGCCCCGAGGAGCUGAGCAGCGGAGCGCUGUGGGGACACGCCAUGAAGACCCUGCAGAACCACACCGAGCACUGAACUUCUGUCAUGUGACCUGCACUGUUUCUCAGCGUCACACUCUCCAUUAAACACUAUUUAUGAAUGCACUGGAGUCAUUCUUCUGU